AGUGGAAACUCUUCUUGUAAUUGGAAGGGUUGGAGUUGGAUUCAUUGAAAGAAAAACACCUCCCUCCACUCGCAUUGUUGACCGAACAGCGCAGUAACUUGUUGUGUGAUUUGUCUCGCUGAAUUUAAUCGCAAAUUCAUCCAGUGAAAAGUGUCCAAAUUGUGAAAUAUACCCCACAAGAAGUUCACACUUUGUACAGUAGAUAGUUUUUGUGGCAACACAUCGGCAAAAUCGAGAAGCUAUUGGCCACAGCGGCUUGCGAUGUAGAGUGGAGCUCGCGGUGUCAGAAGAUGACCAGAGAUCAAUUGUGGUGAAAUCAACGUCUCUUGCUGCGCAUCUGCCAAGCUUCGAAGAUGAGUGGACUCGUUGAGAAGUCACCGAGUAUUUCCAUGUCCAUUAAAGCCACAACAUCAGCAGCGGCCCCGGCCGCGACGCAGGAGCCGGCGCAGGCGGAUGCUCAUGAGUCGCCGCCGAAGCUCAACAACGUCAAUGUCGUUCUCACUAGUCUCAUCGCGGGAGCGAUUGCUGGUGCGCUGGCCAAGACGGCCAUUGCGCCGCUCGACCGCGCCAAAAUCAACUUCCAAAUCAACAAAGAAACUCCUUAUUCAUUUCGCGGUGCUACUCUUUUCCUGAAGCGUGCCUUCGAGAAGGAGGGAUUCCUGUCGCUGUGGCGCGGAAAUUCCGCCACAAUGGCCAGAAUUGUUCCCUAUGCUGCAAUUCAAUUCACCGCUCACGAGCAGUACAAGAAGCUGCUGAGAGUGGAUCAAGACAAAAGUACAAACAUCCGGAGAUUCCUGGCUGGAUCUCUGGCGGGAAUAACGUCGCAGUCGAUGACGUAUCCGCUGGAUUUGGCGCGCGCCCGGAUGGCCGUGACGGACAAGUACACGGGCUACAGGACGCUGCGGCAGGUCUUCGUGACGAUUUGCCGAGACGAGGGCCCGCGGACGCUGUUCCGGGGCUACUGGCCCACCGUGCUGGGCGUGAUUCCAUACGCUGGCAUGUCGUUCUUCACGUACGAGACGCUGAAGCGUGAGUACACGGAACGCACGGGCGAGAAGAAGCCCAACACGCUCUUCUCACUGAUGUUCGGCGCCGCGGCCGGUGUGAUUGGGCAGACCAGCAGCUAUCCUCUCGAUAUUGUGAGGCGAAGAAUGCAGACGAUCGGCAUCAACGGCAGGACCGAUCAGUACUCAACGAUCAUCUCGACUCUCCAGAAGAUUUACAGAGAGGAGGGAAUAAAGAAUGGAUUCUUCAAAGGCCUCAGCAUGAAUUGGAUAAAAGGACCCAUCGCCGUAGGAAUUAGCUUCUCCACAUAUGAUUUCAUUAAGGAAGUAUUGCGAGAAAUAGUCGGAUUGCAAACUGACGCCAAAGAAUAAGUGUGAAUAUCCUUUUUUCAAUAUAUUGAAUGAGCCAUUUAGAAAAAGUCCAGUGAUUGUAAAAU